AUGCCCCCGAUCCCGCCGUCGCGCCUGGUCGCGCUGCAAUCCAACGCGCAGAACAUCCGCAACAUCUGCAUUCUCGCACACGUCGACCAUGGCAAGACAUCCCUCACCGACUCGUUGAUUGCCACCAAUGGCAUCAUCUCCCCCAAGAUGGCCGGCAAGGUCCGCUAUCUGGACUCGAGACCAGACGAGCAAAUACGGGGGAUUACCAUGGAGAGCAGCGCCAUCAGCUUGUACUUCAGCAUGAUGCGCCGGCCGAAGGAAGGUGAAGAGGCCCAAAAGGAGGAAUACUUGAUAAAUCUAAUAGAUAGCCCGGGACACAUCGACUUCUCGUCCGAGGUCAGCACGGCGUCGCGGUUGAGCGACGCCGCCAUCGUCCUCGUGGAUGCGGUCGAGGGCGUGUGUUCGCAGACCGUCACCGUGCUGCGACAGGUAUGGUUAGAAAAGCUGAAGCCGUUGCUCGUCAUCAACAAGAUCGACAGGCUCGUGACCGAACUGAAAAUGACCCCAGCCGAGGCAUACUCACAUCUGGAGAGGGUCCUCGAAGGCGUGAACGCGGUAAUCGGAGGCUUCUUCCAGGGCGAGCGCAUGGAAGAGCAUCUCAUGUGGCGCGAGAAGCUCGACCAGGAAAGGGCGGCCAAAGAACAGCAGAAGCAGGACGCCAUGAGUGAGGCCGCCUCCGAGGCCGACCUGGACCAACAGUUCGAGGAGCGGGAUGACGAGGACCUCUACUUCGCCCCGGAGAAGAACAACGUCAUCUUCGCCAGCGCUAUAGACGGGUGGGCGUUCACGGUCCGGCAGUUUGCGGGCAUCUAUGAGAAGAAGCUAGGUAUCAAACGCUCUCUUCUGGAAAAGGUUCUCUGGGGGGACUUCUAUUUGGACCCCAAGACCAAAAAGGUACUCGGUCAAAAGCAUCUGAAAGGAAGAAAUUUGAAACCCAUCUUCGUGCAACUCGUACUGGAGCCCAUCUGGCAAGCAUACGACGCCACUGUCGGCAUCAAUGGCGCCCGGGGUGAUCCGGCACUGCUGGAGAAGAUCACCAGGUCUUUGUCUAUCAGUCUGCCUGCCCACAUCACGAGGUCGAGGGAUUCCAAAGCCAUCUUACAAGCCGUCUUUUCCUCGUGGCUGCCACUCUCCACAGCCCUUCUCGUCUCUGUCAUCGAAUAUUUACCCAGCCCUCCCACUGCCCAAGCAAGCCGAUUACCCGAAAUGAUCGAGGAUCUGGUCAGUUCCAAGAGUAUUGACCGGUCUCUCAAAGACUCCAUGAUCAACUUCGACACGUCUAGCUCUGCACCCGUCGUGGCGUAUGUGAGUAAGAUGGUUGCCAUUCCCGAGAGUGAACUCCCCUCCAAGAGACGAAAGCUGGGCGCCGUCUUGACGGCAGACGAGGCCAGGGAGCUCGCCCGGAAAAAGCGUGCCGAAAUCGCCAAAGCGCAGGCUGAAGCAGAAGGCGUUGCCGGUGUGGACAGCAUAACGAACGGACUAAGUACGGCCAGGAUAGGCGAGGAGAGCGAAGAGGGGACGACGCCCGAACAAACAGAAGAUCCAGAGCAUUUGAUCGGUUUUGCCCGGCUCUAUUCCGGCUCACUCUCGGUUGGCGACGAAGUCUACGUUCUGCCGCCCAAGUUCAACCCAGCGUUUCCUCAUGCUUCCCCAGAACCGAAGAAGGUGCCCAUCACGGCCCUCUAUCUGCUGAUGGGCCGAUCAUUAGAGCCGUUGGACAAAGUCCCCGCAGGCGUGGUGUUUGGGAUCGAAGGGCUGGAAGGCCACAUCCUCAAGACCGGGACGCUAUGCUCGCAGGUAGAAGGGGCUGUCAAUCUGGCUGGUGUCUCCACGCUCAGCCAGCCGAUCGUCAGAGUUGCCCUCGAACCCACGAACCCCAUGGACCUGAACAAGAUGAUCAAGGGCCUGAAAUUGCUGGAACAAAGCGACCCCUGCGCUGUUUACGAGCAGAUGGAGAGCGGAGAGCACGUCAUCUUGACCGCCGGGGAGCUGCAUCUCGAACGGUGCCUCAAAGACCUGCGUGAGCGAUUUGCAAAAUGUGACAUCCAGCCGGGUGAGCCCAUCGUGCCAUAUCGAGAGACGAUCGUCAAGGCGGAAGAGAUGGAACCCCCGAAGAACAAAGAUCUCCCGCGGGGCACGGCGAUCGCAGUAACGGCAUCCAAGACCAUCUCGGUCAGAUUGCGGGUUCGACCUUUGCCGCCUAAUGUGACAGAAUUUCUCAUCAACAAUGGAGCGUCGAUAAGGAGAUUGUACGCAGAAAAGCAAGCACAGGAGGAAGGGACCCCGAGAGAUUCCCCGGAUGGUGACAAAGACGAAACAAUCGACUUGGGCAACGAAACCGGGGGCCAGGAAAGGAGCCACCUCUCGCUCCAGGAGUUUCGAAAUCAACUCCAAGCCGCAUUCGACGAGGUCCAAGAGGACAAAGACGUGUGGGCCAAAGUUGUGCCCCGAAUAAGCAGUUUUGGUCCUCGACGGGUAGGCCCCAAUCUCUUCAUCGACGCCACGGGAGAACACAUCUGCAAACGGUUUUUGUUCGAGCAGCACGAAAUCGCCGAGAGGGAGGGAGACACCAACGGGACCAAGAACAGCAACACUGACGGGGUGGACAACUCGGCGCCGCAGCAAGAUUUCUCAGAUACCAUUGCGUACGCGUUCCAGCUCGCGACCUCACAGGGCCCGCUCUGUCGCGAACCCAUGCAAGGUGUGGCCGUGUUCCUCGAAGAGAUCAGCCAACAACAGCAACAACAAGAACAACCUGCACCCACCACCACCGACCCUUCUGCGUCGUCUAACGGCGAGGGCGAGCUUGGCACUUCCGCCGGCGCCGCACUGGAAUCAGGCCGACUGACAGGCGAACUGAUUACCUCCGUCCGGGAGACUAUCCGCUCCGCCUUCCUGGACUGGUCGCCCCGCAUUCUGCUUGCGAUGUACAGCUGCACGAUCCAAGCGACGCCGGAGGUGCUGGGGCGGGUGUAUUCGGUGCUAACGCGACGACGGGGGUCGAUCCUGUCGGAGGCGCUGCUGGAGGGCACGCCGUACUUCACCAUCAGCGCGACGCUGCCGGUGGCCGAGUCAUUCGGGUUCAGCGAGGAGAUCCGCAAGCGCACGUCGGGGCUCGCCCAACCCAUGCUGCGCUUUGUCGGGUUCCAGAUCGUCGACGACGUCGACCCCUUCUGGGUGCCCCGCUCCGAGGAGGAGCUCGAGGACCUCGGCGUCCACGGCGAGCGCGACAACGUCGCCAAGCGCUAUGUCGACGCCGUACGGCGCCGCAAGGGCUUGCUCGUGCGCGGCACCAGAGGUGUCGGCCGCGAUGCCGAGAAGCAGAAGACCCUGAAGACGAAUUAA